AAGUUGAAGGACAUGAUUCAAGAUCAGCACGCUCAAAUCAUGAAGUUGCACCUUGACCUUGAGGUCAUCAGAGGUCAGAAGCAACACAGUCUCUUCCACGACCCCAACCGAAAGACGAUCACAUCAGCCGCUGACCACGAACUGAGACGACUACUGUCGGAAAUCGAGGCUCUGAAGAACACCAGCCGAAUGAAAAACUCAGCACGGGAAUCGGAGAUCGCAAAGCUAAAAGACAAUUUCCAACUUUUAGAGCAAGAACUGCGCGAUGAAAUUGAAGAGCGGGACCGCAAGACGAAAGAGUUCGAGAGAGCGGAGAAGGAGAGAUUUGACAACUCAAGCAAGGCUUUCGAAGAGACUAUUUUCAAUCAGGAAACAAUGAUCAAAAAGUUAAAAGAGGACAUUGACCGAGCAAAAUCCAAGAAUGUUUCCAACAUGGAAGCGAAAGAUUUGGAGAUCGAGACUAUCCGAAACGAACACAAACUGCAGUUGACAAAAGCGAAGGAAGACUACGAAAAACAACGACUAGACGAACUCAUGAGUGAAAAGAGCGAACACAGCAAAAAGUAUGACGACAUGAAAGACAAACUCGACCACCUCGUGACCGAAUUGCGAAGUCACGUGAACAAGCUGACGAUCGAAAAAGAAACUUCGGAACAAACUAACAAAGACAACGUGAACAAAUUGAACACGGAACUGCAGAUGAGAAAUAAACAAGUCAAAGAUUUGGAAGGCAAAGUAGAUUUGCUGGGAAAAGAGAACGAAAAGUUGAAUUUGUCGAUUGUAGAGUUAAAAUCGGAACACGAAAAGGCGAUUCGGGAACGCGAGAAUGAACUUCAACAGACUUUAAGCGGGGAAAGGGCAAAGGCGAGAGACGAGUUAGAACAAGCGAGGCAGAUUUCGCUGAAGAGCAUCAAAGAAAAAGACGCUUCGAUAGUGGAUUUGAAAAAGCAAUUUCAAGAAAUGACAGCGAAAAAAGAUUUGAUCGAACAAGAUCUGUCAGGCAAGCUGUCUCAAACGGAGGAAAGUCUAAAUGGGCAAAUAAAACGAAUGACUGCCGAAUACGAAACGAGAUCAAAACACGACAAAAAAGUGAUCGACGACUUGAAAUUGAAAGCGACGAAAGACGGAGAUGAGGCGCGAGAUAGGAUUGAUAAGUUAACGAAAGAACGAGACACGAACAAAGUAAACUUCGAGAAGGAAAAGGUCGACUUGAGGGAUGCUAACCAAAAACAGGUAGAAAAAAUUACUCAGAAAUUUAAGGCUGAUACUGAAAGCUUGAAAACUGCAAAUACGAAAGAAAAAGAAGAAAUCACUGCGCAAUUUAAGUCAGAGGAGGAAAAAAUAAACAAGAAAAAACUGGAACUGGAAAAAGACUUACGUAAUACCAAAGAACAGUUACGUAAGACUUUAGAGGAAAGAGAGCAUUUCGAGAAAAUGAAGCUCAUUGAAUUAGAAAGUUUGACCAAAAACUACAAACUUGUUCAGGAGGAUCAAAAAAAGGCUCUAGAAAGAUUUCAAAAAGAAACAAGUGAAAUAAAGCUAGCCAGGGAUCAGGAAAUUGAAAAGGUGAAACUUGAGUUCAAAUCGGAGAUGGAUUUGCUUAUAAAUGAACUGAAAGAAACAAAGUCAAAGGCAAACUCAGAUAUUCUUGACCUUGAACAAGUUUUGCGGGAGAUGCAAGAAAACAUUGAACGACUUAAACGGGAAAAUGAAUCAUUUUCGAAGAAAACUGAGCAAGAAACGAAACUUUUGAGAGAAGAUUACGAACGAAGAAUUGCGAACAGUCUCGCCGAUUCCAAAACUAAAUCAAAAACGAAGGAUGUUGAAAUCGAAAAACUUAAAAAUGGCGCCAAAGAGCUGGAAGCGAAGUUUAAAAACGAAAUCAACGAGCUAAACGUUCAAAGACAGAAUAUUUUGGCUGAAAUUGAGAACGAAAAAUCAGAAAUGGUCAAAAAUUACGAGCAAAGACUAUUCGAUCAAACUCAGUCAGGCGAAGAAAAAUUGAAAAUUCUCGAAGCUGAGUUAACAAAACAGAUUGAUGAUUGGAAAGAUAAAUGCUCCAAAGGCGAAGAGCAAAUUCACAAUUUGAACGUGCACCUUCAGGAAAUGAAAAACGAUUUGGAAAAAGUGGAAAAUAAUGCGAAAAAAGAGCUGGAUCAUUUAAGCAUGGUGAAAGAAAAAGAGUUGAGUGUGUCAGGCGAAGAGAUCAACGUAAAAAAUGGCCAAAUUGCGGAAAUUGAGGCAAAACAUGCGUCUCAAUUAGACGAAUUGCAGGAUAAGCAUAAGGAAGAAAUGCUGGAUUUGAUGAGUGAAUAUCAGAGAUUUAAGACCGAAAGCGAUUCGAAAGUCUCCGCAAUCGAACAGCAGUUUAACUUCGAAAUUUUGGGUAAAAAUAAUGAAAUUGUUGAUCUUUCGGGAAAACUGGAAAACACCAAGAAAGACAAGGACCAACAAAUGAAUGAUUAUGAAUCGAAACUGUUGCAAUUGAAAGAGGAGCAUGAAAAAAUGGAACAGAGUUUAAAAGACGAACACGCAAUGGAAAUUCAAUCGAAAAUGGAACAUAUCGAAAGUUUGAACAAAAACAUUGAGUUUUUGCAACAGGAACAAUUGAAAGAACAGGAAAACUUCAGGGAAGUUUUGAAGAGUUACAAAGAGUAUUUCACUCAGCUAAAAGUGGAAAUGGACGCUUUUAUAGACGAGUUGAAUCUUAAACAUGACGAAGAAAAAAGAAAACUCAAUGCAGAUAUUGAAACACUGAAUGUUGAAAAAGUUCAAAUUAUGGAACAGUGGAAAACUAUGGAAAAAGAGUUGACUGAAAGUCACUUUGAGGAAGUCAAAAAACUGAAGGAAGUUCAAUUUACAAAGGUCAAAGCGCUGGAUGAAGAAUUACGGGCCACUGAAGAAGCGUUAAAAGACAUGACACUUGAGCGGGAUGUUCAAAUAGACGAAAAUAAAAACAAACAGGCGAGGAUCCAAAAACUAGAAGCAGAUUAUCAAAAUCUAACGGAUGACAUAAAUAGACGAAUUGCAGAAAUGACUCAAAAUAUUUUGAAGUUGGAAUCAGAGAAAAAAGCUGAAUUCGAGGAACAUCAGAAAGAAUUCACCACUUUGAAUGAUUCCAAAAAUUCAAUGGAAUCUGCAAAAGACAAAUUAUUCCACGAUUUGAAGGAAAAUUUGGAGAACCAGCUAAGAAAUCUGAAACAAGAAAGCGAUGCAAAGAUAGCGAAACAAAGUCAGGACAAAGAGGCUUUGAAGCUACAGCUCAAAGAACUGAAUCAAAAAUUUAUCGGAACUUGCGAAGAAAAAGACGCUCUUUUGAGCAAAACUCGCAACGAAAUAUCUGAAAGUUAUGAACAGAAACUUAGCGGUUUGAAAAAAGAGUAUGAGCGAAUCGUGAAUGAAAAGACAAAACUUAUCGACGAAAUGUUUGAAAAAUCCGAAGCUCAGCGCCGUGAUUUCGAGAAUUCAGUCAAAACUCAGAAGUCAGAAUUCCAGAAGAUUCUGAGCGAAAGGGACGUGUUCAUUUCGAAGUUGAAAGAGGAACAUUCGCAGUCGGUUAAGGAGGUGGAGGAACAUUGUGAACUAUACAAGACGAAUGCCGAGUCCAAAGUAAAAGAGCUGAACAGCACUCGCAAGAACUGCAAGGAAACUGUGAGCUUGAAAGACGGCGAGAUUGAACGAUUUCUGCUAGAGGUCACCGAAGUUCGUGAGAAGCUAUCAGCCAGUGAGGCGAUUGCGGCGAUUGCCGAGACACGAGCGGAAGAAGUGAAAAACAUAGAGAGUGUGCUCGUUUCUAAAGCAGACGAGAUCGCCAGCCUCGCGACUAAAGUGGUGACCAUGACCGAGAACGAGAAAGAACACGUGAGGGAGAUAGAAAUACAGAAGGGAGAUAUUUUGGGACUGAAAAGCAAGGUGGGAGCGUGUGAGGCGGAGAUCAGAGACGUCAACUACAAACUGCAGAGCUCGGAGCAGUAUGCGUUCUCUCUCAGGAAAGACAUGGAUGAGAAAGAAAAGCAGAUAACGGAGGCGCAGCAGAAGUACCAGCACGAGAAGUAUCAGAACCAGGCGAAGGAGAGAAAGAUCGAAGAGUUGAAGACUCAACUGAACGCCAGCAGGAACUACUCGGCCACAUCUUCCUCCUUGGCAGGCAGCGGGGGGAGUCGAUACGACGCUUACGAUUCAUCCUCCAAGUGGUCCGCUCUCAAAUCGGAUGUGCUGAACAAGAACUCUUCCCUUUAUUCAUCCAACACCAACCUGCACUCGACCUCUUCUGCCUAUGACUCAUCCGCUCUCUCCAGUAGCACGCUAGGCGCCAGCAGCGCAUCCAGUGCCUACGAUUCUACUCGGCCACUCUCCCGUGCUUCCUUCGCCAGCUCACGAGACGCGUCCCCCAGCACAGGCGGCAGAUACGGGUCAUCUUCCACUUCCGGUCUUGGCAGGAGUAGUUCGUCCCUUCUGGGGGGAGGAUCCACCUCAAGUGGGGGGAAGUAUUCGACAACCUCAAGCUACUCUUCAAAGUACAAAUGAGGCCAUGAUCAAACAUAAUGAAACAAAACUGUACAUAAAACUGGACUAAAGUUGUAAAUACAAAUAUCAGUGGAAACAUUACUCAAACGAACUAUAA